CCUCGGGUGACUACAAUGUCAGCUAAAUCAGUGCCACACUUCUCAAGACUGCUGAUUAGCCUCUUAAAUAUCAGAAAUCCCGGCUUUCUUUGGAGAAAUUAAGUCGUGUGACUCCUCCAGAAUUACGGAACUGCAGCCAAGGAGAUCUCCCCGUCUUUAAGACUGAAGACUGAUCAAUCAAUCCUCCUUAGCUGUACCUCUGGACUGUCACCAGCUUACUGACAUGACCCUCAAUCAGUAACCUUCUGUAGCCAUGGCUUUGAAAGUGGGCCCAGCAGCAGAGCCAGGUCAACAAGAAAAGAUGCAGUACCAGGCUGAGACAGUAACUGAGGUCAGAGCUGAGUCCUGUAGUACACUUGUCUGAUAGGUGAAUGGAGACAAGAAAGAACACCACAGCAGGGGUUCUUGUCUGGACCCCUGCCCCGGUCCGCACCUCACCCACCAGCUCUGUAAUAUCUGAGGAUGUGGGGGAGGAUGAGGAUGAAGAACAGGCAGAGAGAAACAAUGACUUUGUUAGCCAGAUGGAUGAGAAUGGCAUUAUUGGACUGUCGGAAACACUGGAGGAUGUGGAGUUGAAGGACUCUUGGGAUGAUUCAGAUGCAGAAUGUAAUCCAAACUAUGCUGGACCCCUGACCCCAGAGGAGGAAGACUGUAGUGGGCAUGAGAGGGAUACACCUGAGGAGCUGAGUUACAACCUGAGUGAACAUCUGUCCUUCACCAAAUCACCAGGAGAGGAUGUACAAAUACUGUCAUCACUUGAAGACUUGAUGGGUAGCUUUAAAGCACGGACAGUGGCUGCAAAGGCGGGGCAGAGGAAAGAAGAGCAGGGGAUAGAGUGCGUCUCUGAGUGGGACAAAUACAUGGACAUAACAGAGGAGGAGAAAGAUGGAAAUGAAGCGGGGAAGAGGAGUGACAGGAAAAGAAACAAUAAACACACGAGAGAGCUUGCAACUACGAAUGGCUUGGAUGAAAGCUAUUUUUCCAAAGGGGGGAUUGAGAAGAUCAGCUCUCAGCCAUCUUGUAGUGCUCACCUGUUAGCCAUGGAACCUGCUAGAGUCUCCAAUCGUCGCUGCCCAAUAUCCCAGCCUGCCUCACCUGUCACAGCCUCCACUUUCCCACACCUUCUCCACUUGACUGCUGAGGAAAUGACUGCUGCUCCGGGGAUUGACGGUGAAACCUUUCCAGACAUGAGCUUCACAGAAAGUCUUCCAGAAUCACACAGGAGCCACAUAAGCCUCAAGUCCAGUCCUCGUCGUCCUGAGGUAAAGCUCAGGGCUUCUAUUCAGCCAGCAGCCAUGUUUUCUGAAGAAGUCGUGUCAAGUCAUUACAGCGGUGUAAGUAAAGGGCUUUUAAAGGCAUCAGAUAAGUCUGUUAAACAGCCCACUCCCUCACCAAGGAAGUUGAGGCUGCUCUCUCCUGAAGCUACAUAUUCAAGGACUCGUUCCCUCAGCACAGCCAAGUCCUUAAAAUACAAACAUCAGACUGCAAGUCCCGACAGAGAGCAGAGUACAUCCAGAGCCAGGAGUAAUGCUGCUGAAGGGGAUGAAUCUAGAAAAGGGCCUCUGAGUUACCGCACACCAGACUUCUCCAAAGUGGAGCCCAGGGUCCGCUUCCCCAAAGAUGGUUACAACCCCCCCAAGAGCAGACACUCUUCCAAGAGGGAGUCCCUGUCACCUGAGCCCCCCUUAGUGUUCAAAUCCCCUGCUGACAUUGUGAAAGAAGUCCUGCUGAACACCACUGAUGGAUCUGCUGCUUCAUCAGACUCUUACAAACCACCAACCAGUGCCCUCAACUCCACUGUGCCUCAGGAGUUCAGAUGCCGCCAGCAGGCCACCACACUGCUUGACCAACUACAGGAGGACUACCACAGACUGCUGACGAAGUACGCCGAGGCCGAGAACACCAUUGAUCGCAUGCGUCUGGAAGCCAAGGUGAACCUGUACUCAGACCCUCCAAAGCCCGGACACUUGGUGCAGUCAGGACCGAACCGCGACACCUCAAAGUUCAUGAUGCUGAACUUCCCUCAGGUUCAGAGAGCAGAGAUCAACUCUGCCUCUCUUCAUCCAAAUGGACAUCAGAGAAGUCCAUCUGCCUGUCCUUCCACAGGAAGUCCAGGCCCUCAGGUGGGACAGCAGCUGGCCAAGAUUCUCUACAAUCAGGCCGACAAGUUCCACCAGCAGGUUCUGCUGUGCUUCAUUCAGCUGCAGACUUUUGAGGAUCUCCUAAAGAGCAAAAGACUCAAACCUUUUGAACAGAUGAAGGGCGUCUCACAGCUUGCUGAGGGGCUCGACUCUUUAGAAAGGGGCUACCUGUUGGCGAGGGAUGAGUAUAAACUCCUGCAGCAGCGAGGGGCAGAAAUCACCCACUUUGACCCUGACCGGGAGCUAGAGGGGCUGAUAUUUCAGUGUGGGCUGCGUAUGGACGAGCUGAAGGAGCGGCUGGAACAGAUGCAACAGGUGCAGCCCAUCUGUGAGGCUCCUCCCUCUCCACCUCCUCACCCCACCCCUUCAUCUGUCCUCUCUGAGGAGGGAGAAACUCUGAGUCACCCACAGAGCCCACCUGUGCCUUUGCAGGUUGAUCCUGGGGAGGCAGCGGCAGUGGAGGUGAGCUCAGCUAGUGAAGAAAGUGAAAGUGAUGAAGACAAGGAAACUCUCUACCUCAAACCUCUGAAUGGCAAACACAGACAUGAUGAAGACUUCCUCACGCUAAUGGAUCACCACCAAAGCUUCAAGGAGCUUCCCAAACUUUUAGACCAUAACCAGAAGGAGGGAGCUCCCCUCUCUGCUGCUUUAAGAAGUGACAUGCAGCCUGGGGACGAGGAGGAAGACGGACGAGGAACUGGCAACCUGGAGGCAUCAGCAGCACAGAAAUCCAAAUCAGAGCAGCAGGACUCUCCUCCUGUUCGCACAAACAAACAGCAGAGCAGCAGGUCCAGUCCUGGCGCCUCCAGCCAGUUCAUCACACUCCCUGCUCAUCGGCCCAGUAGCAGAAGGAGGUUAGAGGUGGGAGAGUCCCACAGCAGCAGUCUGAGCAGUCUGGGUGAGAUCACUGUGUUGGGAAGGAGGAACUCCAAACUCCUAACUGUGAGCAGCAGAGUGCUUUCUCAGGAUGGGAUCAUCUCUCCGGAGACGGACAGUGGGUUUGUGUGUUCAGAGAGCAGCCGUUUGACUCCGGCAGCAGCUCCCAGUCCUCUCCACCGGAGGGCCUCAGAGAGUGUUUCAGUGCUCCCGGAGGAGAAGCCUCAGACAGGCCUGGUCUCAGCACCAUCUCCUGCUUCCCCACCAUCACACAGUCGCAUGGCUAUUUAUCCCAGGAGGAGCCCCCGGCUCAGCCACGACCAUCAAAAGAGAACCAGACAGGGGCAGAGGAGACGCACCUUCUCCUGCUCUCCACCGCGCUGCGCCCGUCAGACAGAACAAACCAGGACAGACAGUGGGACCAGUGAGUUUGGGUUGGAGAGUGACAGCUCUCACACUGUGUCUGAAGACAGACAGAAUGACCAGUACACACACUCCCUCCACAACUCCAGCCCAAGCUCCUCCCCAGCUGCACAGUAUCACCAUGACGAUUCUCUCAGAGCACUGAGCUUAAGUCAGGUGGCAAAUCGCAAUGAUGCAAUCCAGACGCUGCAGGCGGAGGUGACUAGACUGAAGGAGACACUAGAAAGCUGUUUCAGAAAUAAGAAGCCUCUCAGCUCUGUGAGAGCAGCGCCUUCGACUCACCACAACACCUCUAACCCUCGCAUCAGGUCAGGGGAGCGAUGGGCUGAUGUCAGCAGGGAAAGAAGAGACGGACAGACGGUUGAUGAGGAGUAUACACUGAGACGAACAACCAGGAAGAGACCACCUUCUGCACACAAACCUCAACCUGACAUCUUGAGGGGUUCAGAGCCCUCUACAGCUCAGCCUCAGGUGUCCAGGUGUACUCAAACAUCCACUGCAGCACCUGUCAGCAGCUGUUCACACACAAAUGCUGUCCGCUGCAGAACACAGCCCAGGCAGCAUCCUGGUGUGUCUGCACAAGUGUGUGAAACAGCAGAUGAACCUGACAGCAGAGGGCGUCGAGCGCCUCUUUGUCCUCAGUGUUUGUCACAUGGUCACCGAGGGCGAUCUGAAAUGCCAGUUGGUGGCGACAGAGAGCUGACCCACUCCUUGCGUUGUUGUCUCUGUCCUCUCUGUGGACGCCAUAAUCCCUACAGAAGCACUGAGCCAGACUCCCCGACAUACACAAGCUGCCAACCAGCCGAGUCCCCGAACAGAGCGGAGAGGAGCAGACACUUUGCAGCUCCUUCUGCCCUGCUGCACUGCAUGCCAGUGUGUCCGCCACCACUCCUGUUGUACUCAUCGCCCCUACACGUGUCUCCUAGCAACAGCCCCGGCACAUCCUCGGGGGUCAGCGGUCGCCGGGAGGUGAGGGGGAGGACAAGGCGCUCCCUGUCGGUGGACAAGCAGCGCUCCAUGGACACGUCUCUGAAGAGAGCCAUCGGAGCUGCUCGGCACAUGAAACACACCUCUGGACACAUGGCUCGCUCCCUGGCUACUGGCCUGCACUACCGCGAGCUCCUGACCCAGUCCUGCAGCUACUAGUGUGGAGUCACUGAGUGCAGCACCGGGUGAAUAAAAGAUCGAGAACUGUUACUGACGCUGUUUAAAAAUACUAUUUCAUGGCAACAUUUAAAGGGAGACUUUGGAUUUUUUUUAUUGGGGUUGUAUGAGGUACUUAUCCAAAGUCAGCGUGGACCUACAGUACGUCACCUACCGACAAAACUAUAAACCGUUUGGAGAAACGGACAGGAGGACCAGCACGGAAGCUAAGCAAUGUGCUGCUGUGGACGGGGCAGCAGCAAAACAUAUUUUAGAGACCUACAAAAAUCAAUCAGUUUAAGAAUAUUUUCACCUGUUUCUUGACGUCGGGGAACUGAAGCCAUUAUCUAUAUUCUCGCUAAAGCCACCAGAAUCCAGUGACAAAACCAGUCGUUGUACCGGAACACAAGAGCUGCUGGUCAACUGCUGCCUUGGGGGCGUGCCGACCGUCCUCUUCAGACUGGAUUAAGUACCUCAUGCAACCCGACUAACAUCCAAACUAUCCCUUUAAAUCUCAGGUGGCCAAACAUACUGCCAUGCUGGCUGAUUGUAGAUCAGUUUGAUAAAAAAUGUUAAUCAUGUUGACUUUCAAACCGAUGUAGUAAAUAAAUUAGUUUCUUCUUUGGACAAGAUAAAUUACAGCCGUCUUAAAAUGGCAGUUGUCUUGAGUUAAUAAUAAUACUAAUACUAUUAUAAUAUUUUGAGCUAUUUAUUAAACAUACGACUGUUUAUUAAUCAUGUGGUUUAAAAAAAUAUUCUUUCUUUUGUAUAAAUCUAAACAUAAGGAUUUCAGUAUUAUUGUAGUUGUAGGCGUAUGAGCUUUGUUUUCCUCGUUAGUACAGUAGCAUGCUGCGCUGUAAAUAGAAUGCACCCGUUGCUCUGGAUACAAGACACCACCGGGGAUCUGUAAAUGAUCAUCGUGUUGACCGGAGAUGCUGGAUAUCCUCACUUAGUCUGCUUCUAUGUUGUAAAAGUUAUUUUGUAUAUAUAGACUACACAUUUUAAAUAGUGGAUAUUUCGUACAGUAUUUGAUCACAAGCUUGCAGGUGUGAGUCUACUGUAACUGACCAGCUUUAUAUACGAGUGGAAACGCUAACAAACAGGAAUUAAACUAUUUUUAUACAUUAUAUUUGGUUGAAAUAUACCAAAGAGCUGUGGAUGUUUAUGUACAAUUCUGCUGUUUAUUUCUAAUCCUCUUUUGUACCAUUGUUUUUCAAACUGUAGGUCUUUUGAAUAUAUAUAUUUUGCAGGGAAUCUUUUCAGUUGUCCCUAAGGAACCAAAUAAAGAUGAAAAUGUA